AUGCCAAAAUACACAGCUGCGGACACCAUCCGUGUCUUGAUCUCGACGGACAAUCAUGUAGGCUACAACGAGCGUGACUCCGUCCGCGGUAACGAUAGCUGGCAAUCCUUCCAUGAGGUUAUGUGUCUGGCCAAGGACUACGAUGUCGACAUGGUCCUGCUCGCUGGCGACCUCUUCCACGAGAACAAACCAAGCCGGAAGUCCAUGUAUCAGGUGAUGCGCAGUCUUCGGAUGAACUGCUACGGCGACAAGCCUUGCGAGCUGGAGAUGUUGAGUGAUGCGAGUGAGGUGUUUGCUGGAGCUUUCAAUCAUGUCAACUACGAGGAUCCAGACAUUAAUGUUGCCAUACCUGUCUUUUCAAUACACGGGAACCACGAUGACCCUGCUGGCGAAGGUGAAGGCCAUCUGGCUGCGCUGGAUCUGCUGCAAAUGUCUGGGUUGCUCAAUUACUAUGGUCGAACUCCUGAGUCGGACAACAUUCAGGUCAAGCCCGUGCUGAUGCAGAAAGGCAACACGAAGCUCGCACUCUACGGCAUGAGCAAUGUACGAGAUGAGCGCCUCUUCCGCACUUUUCGAGACGGUGGCGUCAAGUUCUUCCAACCCAACACGCAGAAGGAUGACUGGUUUAAUUUAAUGAGCGUCCAUCAGAACCAUCACGCACACACAAACACGGGCUACUUACCCGAAAGCUUCCUGCCAUCGUUCAUGGAUCUAGUAGUAUGGGGCCACGAACACGAGUGCCUUAUCGAGCCCAAGAGGAACCCAGAGAAAGGUUUUCGGGUCAUGCAGCCCGGCUCAUCUGUCGCUACAUCACUAGUGCAAGGCGAGUCGAAAGAAAAGAAGGUCGCAAUCAUCAGCAUAAAAGGCAAGGACUUCGACAUCGAGACGAUACGCCUGAGGACUGUGCGACCUUUCGUGUAUCGGGAUCUCAUCCUCGCCGAUGACAAACACAUGAACGAGCUUUCUUUCCGGGCUGAUGAUAUCCGACCAAAGAUCACACGUUAUCUUGAUGAACAAGUUAACGAGAUGAUCGAGGAAGCUAGGGAAGAGUGGUCGAAGACACACAGCCAAGAGGAUGACGAGGAGGGGUUUCCCAAGCCACUCAUCCGUCUACGAGUCGAUUACAGCGCACCUGAUGGCGGACGCUUCGAGAUCGACAACGCUCAGAGAUUUUCCAAUCGCUUUGUGGAGCGAGUUGCGAACGUGAACGAUGUAGUGCAGUUCCACCGCAAACGCCAAGCCACACGUACCAGCAGGGGCAACGCAGACAUGCCCGAAGGAGACGUCCUAGCCGCUCAAAUGGAAAUGGACGCCAUCAAAGUCGGCGAAUUAGUGGACGACUUCCUCCGCGCGCAAAAUCUCACUAUCCUCCCCCAAAACAAUUUCUCCGAUGCCGUGACGCAAUUCGUUGACAAAGACGAUCGAGAAGCCAUGACCGAAUUCGUGGAGAGUGCGCUGAAAGUCCAGGUUAGUCACUUGGUUGGAGGCGAUGAAGACGAUGAGAUUGAUGAGGCGAGAGUGGAGGAGAUGAUGAUGGCUUUUCGGGAGAAUUUGGAGACGGCGUUUGAGAAGGGAGAGCUCAAGAGGAAGGGGAAGAAGAAGGGUCGGGCGCCGAAGCCAGAUCAGUGGGAUAGUGAUGUUGAAGGACCUUGGGAGGAUAAUAUCGCCAGUAUUGUGAGGGAUGAUGAUGGAGAGCCGAUUGAUGAUGAAGAGGAGGAGGAGGUGCGGCCGGCGAAGGGUAAAGGUUCGAGAGGUGGGAGGGGUGGAAGAGGUAGCCGAGGUGGCAGAGGCGCUAGUCGUGCAGGUACUGCGGCGGCAAAGAAGACGGCGGCUAAGGCUGCACCCGGGAGAGGCAAGAAGAAGCAGCAGAUUUUCGAGGAGGAUGAUGAAGAUGACGACGAUGAUGACGAUGUGAUGAUGACAAACGGCCACGACCCCAUCGAACUCGACGACGACGAGGAAGAAGAAGAAGAAGAAGAAGACGAGGGCCUCUUCGUCAAGCCCAAGAAGGCACCAGCAAAGAAAGCUCCAGCUGCAGCGAAGAAAGCCGCGCCUGCUAAAUCUCUCGCGACGAAAGCGGCGACUGGUGCGCAGAGUCAACUCGGAUCGUUCUUCGGUGGUAGUCCAGCGAAUGGUAAUGGUUCGAGGUCUGCGGCUGCUCCUACUAAGUCGAAGGCGCUGCCGAAGAGGAAUGCUGAGCCCAGUGAUGAUGAGAUUAGUGAUGAUGAUGCUUUUGAGCCUCCUCCGAAGGCUGCGGCUGCGACGAGGGGGAGGGGAGGGAGGCGGUAG